CAAACAAGUCACUUUGUCGUCUGAUGCGACGGCAGCUGGACAACACCCGGAGCUGAGCGUGCGUGUACAAGUGUGUGUGUGUGUGUGCGUGUCCAGGAUGAGGGUGUGUGUGCUACUGUUGUGUGUGUGUUGUGUGUGUUGGAGGAGCGGCGCCCAGGACACAACGUACCUGAUAAGCGCCCCGUUGUGGCUGCACGUGGACGCGUUGGAGACGGUGUUGCUGCAGUUGUUUGGUUUUUCCGAGGAAGUGAGGGUCUACGUGUUCUUGAAGACCUCCAUGGCUCCGGACCAUUUGGUUCUGGCCCAUGAUGUGGUCACCCUCAACGCUCAGAACCACUACCAGGCAACCGCCGCGCUCCGGAUCUUCCCAAGUCAGCUGGACAAGAGUGUGGAUCACGUGAUCCUCCACGUUCAAUCAGCACAGAUCAACAAGCACCUUUCGCUUCCUGUCAGCCGCUCCAACGGGUUCCUGUGGGUCCAGACAGACAAACCUCUGUACACGCCCCAGCAGAGUGUCAAGGUGCGAGCCUUCUCUCUCAACCAGGAGCUACAUCCGGCCAAUCGAAGUGUCUUCCUCACCUUCAAGGAUCCAGAUCAUCAGACGGUGGAUGUAGUGGAGAUGCUGGACCUCAACAAUGGAAUACCUUCCAUGCAGAACCCCUUCAAGAUCCCCAUCAGACCAAAGUUGGGACUGUGGUCCAUUGAAGCAUCGUACUCUCAUGACUUCGGAACCAAAGCCAGCACAGAUUUUGAGAUUCGAGAAUAUGUUCUUCCCAGUUUCUCCAUUGUGGUCCAGCCAGAGGUCUACUACAUCAGCUUUGGAAACUUCCAGAAUUUCUGCUUCAGUGUGUCAGCCAGACACAUUCACGGCGCUCCCGUUGCUCAGGCCGAGGUGUUUCUGCGCUUUGGCUUCAUUAGCAAGAAAGAACUUCCUAUUAUCGUCCCCAACUCAGUGACCCGAGAAACAUUGUCGUCCUCAGGCCACCUGGACAUGUGUGUCAACAUGGAGAAAGUUCUGUCUAAACAUGAUGGACCCAAAGACUUGCACAGUCUUUUUGGGAAGUUCUUGUAUAUUGCUGUCCUGCUGCAGGAGCACUCGGGUGGCAUUAGCCAGGAGGAGGAGUUUUCCGCUGUGAAGUUCGUCAAAUCACCUUACAGUCUGAGUCUGGUGUCUACUCCCCUUUUCAUCAAACCCGGACUUCCUUACAACAUCCAGGUGCUCGUGAAAGACCACCUGGACAAGCCGGUGAACCGUGUACCCGUUCGUUUGGUGGCGCAACGAGUGUUCAGUCGAGAGCAAGACCUCAACAUCAAAAUCUGUCCUGACCACACCCAGAGCGGAUCAGAUGGCCUCGCCAUCUUUGUCUGCAACACGCCCAAAGAUGGCGUCAAAGUCUCCUUGAGGAUUGAGACCGAAGACUCUGCCCUCCCGGCCACCAGUCAGGCCAGUCUGAGUCUGGAGGCGAUGGCCUACAACUCACCAAACCGCCGUUACCUUUACAUCGACCCUCCGCUGUCAGGACAAAGCCUGCAGGUGGGAAGUUACGCCAACAUCAAGGUGUACUCAUCCACACCAUCCUACGUUCCGGUCAAAGCGCUCAGCUACCUGGUGCUAUCCAAAGGUAAGGUGGUGCAUUUCAGUAACCAGAAGUUUGUCGCUAGUGGCGACCACAGACAAACUCUGAGCUUCGCGGUAACGAGCGCCAUGGUCCCGUCAAUCCGCCUGCUCGUCUACUACAUCCUGUACGGCGAGGGCACGUCUGAGUUGGUGGCCGACUCCGUGUGGCUGGAAGUCCGAGACACGUGUGUUAGUGGACUUACGACGGAGUUGUCAUAUGGAGGGCAGGACCACAGGCCAAAGGACAACCUUCAGCUGGAUGUCAGGGCCAAUCAGCAGGGACUGGUUGCGCUUUCUGCUGUAGACUCUGCCCUCUUCAGCCUGUAUCCGAACUACAGAGACCCCGUUUCCAUGGCACUGCGUCACAUCGAGCAAAGUGACCUCGGCUGCGGAGGAGGCGGCGGAAAAGAUGCAGCAGACGUCUUCCGAAUGGCUGGCCUCACCUUCAUGACCAACGCCAAUGCUCAGCCAUCAACCGGUGGUGGGAUGUGCACGGCGGCUGUGCGACCCACGCGAGCGCUGACGGAAGAGAUGAAGCGCAAGAAAGCCAAAUCGUUUGGACCUCUGAAGGUGUGCUGCGAGGAGGGCAUGCAUUACUUUCCCAAGAGCGUCACUUGCCGCGAUUUUGCUCAGGAGAGGUUCAGACGCGUAGCGCAUCAUUUGCGUUGUCUACAGAUAUUCACACACUGCUGUGAAUACAACCAGCAGCACCUGGAUAUGGACCAGAACCUCAUCCUGGGCCGACACGACAUGGGGGCUGACUUAGAUGCAGCGCCCUUUCUGGUCAGGAGUUUCUUUCCUGAAAGCUGGUUGUGGGAGGUUCAUCCCACCAGAGGACGUCAGCAGUCUCUCAUCAGGACACUUCCCGACUCGCUGACCACAUGGGAGCUCAAAGCCAUUGGAAUGUUCAAGAACGGUAUUUGCGUGUCCAAGCCCGUCCAGGUGUCGGUCCAACUGCCAGUCAGCGUGGACGUGCCGCUGCCUUACCAGGUGGUACGAGGCGAGCAGCUAGAGUUGAGCGGUUCCGUUUACAACCAAAAGAAGGACGAUAUCACGUACUGUGUCACGCUGACGGUGGGGCCGGAGCUCUGCCUUCUCCAAUCCCAGCCGGCCGUCUCAGGAGCGGGGAUUCAUUCCACCGCCUGCACCUGGGAGGAACUGCCAGCAAGAGGUGUGGGCAAGGUGGCCUUUACACUUAUGGGUCUGAAGGCAGGAGAACACAAGCUGACCUUUACCUUGAAGACCCGCCAAGGAGAAAGUGACAUUGUGGAGAAGAUGCUCAGAGUAGUGCCUGAAGGCGUGAAGAUGGAGUCUUAUUCCGGAGGGAUAUUGGACCCGCAGGGACUUUACGGUUCUGAGAAAACAACAGUAGUGCUGAAGAACCAGCCACCAGCUAACAUGGUUCCCAACACAGCGGCGGAGAGAAUGGUGACCAUCAACGGUGAGAUUGUGGGAGAUUUCCUCUCCGUGGUCCUUGACCACGACGGCCUACAACAUCUCUUCAGCCUGCCCGGUGGAUCAUUGGAGGCAGAGCUUGGCAGAAUCCUCCCGCUGGCACACGUAUACCAGUACCUGGAGACUACCAGCAAGUGGGAUGUCAUGGGUGGAAACAUCCACAAGAACUCAGACAACCUCAGACAGAAGAUGAAAGAAGGUCUGAUCAGCAUCAGUUCUUUCAGACGUGGAGACUCCAGUUACAGCAUGUGGACAAAGAGAGACGCUAGCACCUGGUUGACGGCAGCGGUGGUUCACACUCUGGCCACUAUAGAUCCUGUCAUCACAGUAGACCGCCAGACUCUGUCAGAGUCGCUCUCCUGGCUAAUCCGCAACGCUCAGAACCAGGACGGAUCUUUCUCUGACAAGUCGUCCUUCAGACCCAACAGCGUCAUGGCUGAGGGGGCGGAGCCACGUGAGCGCUCGGUGUACCUCACGUCCUUUGUCCUCAUUGCGUUACAUCGAGCCACCAGAAUCCGUGAACGCGUCCUGCAGCUCAGAUUCCACGACGACAGCAUGAGGUCAGCCGCCGACUACAUUUCCCAGCAUGCUCUCAACCUCAAGAGUGUGUACGUGCGUGCCAUUGCCACCUAUGCCCUUAACCUGCAUGACCCCAACGCAGCGAUGAGCCUCACCCUAAUCGACAGCCUGGAGAAACUCGCUCAACAGAAAGGACACCCUGCCAUGCUCAGGUACUGGCAGGAGGAAAACGUAGCGUCCGAUUGGCUCAAGCCUGACCAAUCGAGCGGACUCACGGUGGAGACGACAGCCUACGCCCUGCUGACCGUGCUGCUGAAGGGGAGGAUUCAAUACGCCAAUCCCAUCCUGUCCUGGCUGACUCAGGAUCAGCACUAUGGACAAGGUUUCUACUCCGUACAGGACACCGCCCUGACUUUGGAGGCGUUGACAGAGUACAGUAAGGUCAUCCCUCGAGCCGUCCUCAAUCUGGACAUCAACGUCAGUUACAGACGCAAAGGAGCGCUCACUCGCGUUCAGCUCAGCCCGAGCCGACCUGUGGCCACACCCAUACAGGUGUUGAAGGACGAUGACAUCACCGUGUCCACGGGAUACGGGAGGGGCGUGUCACACGUCAAGAUGAAGACGGUCUACUACCAGACGACUCCGCCCUCCCUUAACUGUAACUUCGACAUAAGCAUAGAGAUGGUUGGCGCCGACGUCUCCGACAGUCCCAGCAUGCGUGCUCCACACCUGUCUGCCUGUGCCAAGUACAAGCCUCGUCCUAACGAGCUGUUAACAGAGUCCACCAUGACUGUGAUGAAGAUCCAGCUGCCGACAGGCGUGGAGGCGUACCUGGAGGACCUGCGACAGUUCAGAGACAUCAUGGAGCCAAUCAUCUCGCACUACGAGCUUCAGGGAAACACUGUCAUCAUUCAGAUGGACUCUGUUCCGUCUGACAUCUUCUUGUGUGUUGGCUUUCGGAUCCGGACCAGGUUUAAGGUGGACGGAGCCAGCAAAUCCCUGCUGAGUGUAUUUGAGCCUCAGGACAAGGGAAGUUUGUGCAGCAAACACUUCUCCUACCAAGAGCAGAAGCUGCAGCGCCUCUGUGUGGCUGACCAGUGCCAGUGCAUGACAGCCGCGUGUGCCGCCUACAGAGGAACCUUCGACCUGAGCUUGACGGCCGCCAGACGCCAAGAGGAAACAUGCCGGCGCCACAUCAAAUACGCUUACAAGGUGGCCGUCACGUCUCUGGACGCGGAGGGAGACUUUGUGGCCUUCAACGCCACCGUCGUGGAGGUCCUGAAGAACACGGACAAAGACUUUGAGGCGGUGAGUGUGGGCACGGAGGUGGAGUUGAUCAAGAAGGUGACGUGCGGCUCAGUGGAUGUCCAGAACCACAAGCGCUACCUGGUGAUGGGAUCCAGCGGGUCACAGGUCAAGCUGGGCCACGCCACCAGGUACCGCCUGCCUCUGGACUCAGACGCCACGGUGGAACCCUGGCCCAAUGACUGCGCCACACCUGCCUGCGUGGAACACCUGACCCAGCUGGACGCGUACGCCCUGGACCUGCAGUUGUUCAGCUGCCCUUCACAGUAGCAACACCCUACAGCCCUGUGCUUGCUACUUCAUAUUGCUAACUUCAUCAAAACAUGAUCCAGUAUAAUCUGAUGAUCAUUUGUCACCAACAUUAUGAUUCUCAUUAAUAGUGUGCUGAGGGGAAAGAAGAAGAUUAAAAAAAAUGUCACAUUUUGGAGCAAAAAAUGGCAAAAAGUUUGACCAACAAUCAUCAAACUUGCCUGAUGGCUGUAUGGCACAUACUGUAUGUCACAUACUGUAUGUCACAUACUGUAUGUCACAUACUGUAUGGCACAUACUGUAUGGCACAUACUGUAUGUCACAUACUGUAUGGCACAUACUGUAUGUCACAUACUGUAUGUCACAUACUGUAUGGCACAUACUGUAUGUCACAUACUGUAUGGCACAUACUGUAUGGCACAUACUGUAUGUCACAUACUGUAUGGCACAUACUGUAUGGCACAUACUGUAUGUCACAUACUGUAUGGCACAUACUGUAUGGCACAUACUGUAUGUCACAUACUGUAUGGCACAUACUGUAUGGCACAUACUGUAUGUCACAUACUGUAUGGCACAUACUGUAUGGCACAUACAGUAUGUCACAUACUGUAUGGCACAUACUGUAUGGCACAUACUGUAUGUCACAUACUGUAUGGCACAUACUGUAUGUCACAUACAGUAUGUCACAUACUGUAUGUCACAUACAGUAUGUCACAUACUGUAUGUCACAUACUGUAUGUCACAUACUGUAUGGCACAUACUGUAUGGCACAUACUGUAUGUCGGGAUGGACUGUAGAUGGAAAGUGAAAGUAAACAAAGAUGAUGUCAUUCACACACUGAAAAUAAAACAAGAGAAAGCAA